UUUGGGGGAAUUCUGCAUGCAUACGGUGACGCAAAAGUGUGUGGAAGUCAGGAAUUUGGGUAUGCACGCCAGGUUUCUGUGUACUGUAUGUAUCUGACGUAAAUGCGUACGCGAUGUGAGCAGAUCUGACCAGAGUUUUGCGUCUUGGGCAGUGUAGACGGAAACGCAACGGCGAAGCGCGUUCAACUUUUCCACUCUGGAGGCUGGUUUCAGAUUUUUGCAUUUUUAAGCUCCAAAAACGCCGUCACCGUCUCAACAAAAGUCACUUCCUUCCGAUAAAAUAUUUUGUCGUUUUUACCCGCAAGCGUUCUCGCGUAAACAAGUACGUAAAGUUGGGUUGCCUCUCCGUAAACCUAACCUGUAAAUUGGCUUGCAAGUCUCCGGGGAGAUUCUGUGGAACAUUCUCAGUCUCCAAGCUUUUUCUCUGAUGAGCGACUUUCACAAAACGAAAACAUCUAUUCAUAAUAACAGUUGUAAGAAACUGGGCAAAUAUAGAAGCCAAAACAAGCCUUAGAUGGGGAACAGUUAGAUUUAUAAAACAUAAACCUUUAUUUAUUUAUUAGUGCACAAAGUUAGACAUCAGAAUAAUACAUUUACAAUGGUAAUGUUACGAUAUCCAAAUCUCUCAGUACGAUAUUAUCACGAUAUGCAUCUCACGGUACGAUAUUUAUUGCGAUAUUUUGAAGAGACAGAUAGAAUUGUAAAUAAAAUACUUUUUUUGCUUUUAAAACACCUUGACAAGAUUUUGGUGUGAAUUAUUUCUGUCAUAAUCACAAGAAUUCAAGUAAAAAACAUAUUUCUUCAUGUUGUCUGCGCUGAAAUGAAUCAUGGGAUAUGUAGUUCUCGAUCUUUAUUUGCUAUCGGUACUAUAAAACAAUACAUUUAAGCAAAGGAUUUUCUUAUUCGAUAUAUUGCGACAGCCCAUGGUGUUAUUGUGAGACUUUUGACGAUACGAUAUCAUGAUACUUCGAUUAUUGUUAUCGUUGUUGUUAGGUUACAGCGACUUUGAAGGGGUUUGGAGAUACUGAUAAGUCUCGAGCUACAGGUUGGAGACACACAACUCCACGGAGACAAGCAGGACACAGACCCUAAACCAAAUAGUGCAACUUUAAACCUUUCAAUCAGAAAUUCCUCCAAUUUAUCAAACUGUGGAUUCUCAGAAAAAAAGCUACUCUGCAUGUGACCCUCACAGAGUAAGCUUUGAAACUGCCCUGUCAUAAUUAUUGAAUAUUAGGCCAAUUCUUACACAGUUUUAAAGAGGAAUUGAGUUAUUUAGUUUUUAUUUGCAUAAGUUUUGAAUAAAUUAUCGUAACAUACUGUGGCAAAAAUGGUAGAGCUAUGGCCCCAACGGAAGACUUUUUACAUUAAAGAGUUCAAUUGCAAAAACAGAUAUGUCCUUUUAUUUACCUUCUUCUACGUGUAUUAUCAAUAAAUAUAAUAAUAUAAUUAAUAAAGGAGAGAUGGAAUAAUAUUUUUAAAGCCGUAAAUGACAUCUGGAUUUUGAAAUUAUUCCUGUACAAAGCCAAAACUCAAAUGCUUUUUAAGUGGUACUUAUCUUAUUUUUGCCAUAAACUAUAUAUAUCAAUGGACACAAAUAGGAAAUGUUCAUGGGCACUCUUCUGGCUCCAUUGAUUUUGGCUCCUCUUGCUGUAACUGCAGCUGUGAGCCUUGUCAUUUGGGUCUUAAAAUGUUGGGAUUAACCCACUUUACAUGAUCCUGGUGUUUUUAUUUCAUCAUUUUGUCCGUAAAUACAUUUCUAUUCCUGUUAUAAUCUGAAACUGGCUCCAAAUUUGCCUGGACCGGAGCUGAACACCACUUUUUUUAUACAGUCUGUUUUUUUUUUUUGCAAAUGAACUCUUAUUAUUUAAUUGAAAAACUGAAAUAAAAGUUAAAAUAGUUCUUUAAAGGGCCUCAAAUGCAGUUCUGAAGUCUGAAGUCAGCAUAAUGUGGACAACUGUACGACGCUUCACCUGCUUGUGCUGAAAUCUGUUACCUGCACAGGCAAAGGCAUAAAUAAUUAGUCUGUGUGAACCGUCACUCGAUCUCAGCCUGCACCACCGGACACACUCCAGGACCGGCAGCCUUUUUCCACCAUGGACGUUCCGACUCCUCGUCAUAUUUGGGUCAACUAUUUUCACAAUGAAUCCUUACUACAGCCUCUCUGGGACUCCCUCCGGGUCCACUACGCGGACUAUUUACGUUCUCCGCUUUUUCCUGUCAUCCUCACCGUGUCUUCGUAUUUUAUUUUUUGCGCGCCGUAUGUCGUCUGUGAUCUCAUGGGCGAUAGAUGGCCGUGGGUGCAGAAAUAUAAACUCCAGCCUAAUGUUCGACCAACUUACGCCACUAUGCUGCACUGCGCCGGGGUCACACUUUGGAACCACUUGUUUUUGGUUUUUCCAGCUUCUGUGGCGCAAUGGGCAUGGAGACCGCCUGUAGAUCUCCCCGAAAACGCCCCAACUUUACCCGAGUUCGUCACCGGCGUCAUCGGGAACCUGCUCCUCUUUGACUUCCAGUACUACAUCUGGCAUCUCCUGCACCACCGCAUCCGCUGGUUGUACGUAACUUUCCACGCCAUUCACCACAAAUACUCGUCACCCUUCGCCCUCGCCACCCAGUGUCUCGGCGGGUGGGAGCUGCUCACUGUCGGCUUCUGGACCACUCUGAACCCGAUCUUGCUAAAAUGCCAUCUCCUCACGACCUGGGCUUUCAUGGUGGUGCACGUGUACGUUUCGGUCGAAGAUCACUGCGGGUACGACUUCCCCUGGUCCAUUUCGCGGCUCGUUCCCUUCGGCGUGUACGGAGGUCCCAACAUGCACGAUGUCCACCACCAGAAACCGACGCGCAAUUUCGCUCCUCACUUCGGACACUUGGACAGACUGUUCGGGACACAUGCUGAGUACUGCUACGCGAAUCCUAAGAAAAAUACACAAUAGACUUGGACUUGGAAUUGACAAACUUUACUGAUCCACAAAAGAAAUUACUUGGACACAGCAGCUCACACAUCACAAAGAGCUACAAUAUAAACGGCAAAAACAGCAAGAGACUGGUGUCAAAUAAGGCAUAGCUUUUAGAAGUUUAUGUAGAACCAGUCCCAUCGACAGAAAUUUCAGGGCGUCUGGCAAGAAGAUUCACUUAGCCCCCUUCUAACAAAAAUUACUGUAUUUUUUGAACUGUAAGUCACACUUUUUUUCAUGGUUUGGGUGUUUCCUGCAACUUAUACUCUGGUGUGACUUAUAUAUUAAAAUUUUCACACUGAAGCAGUGAGAGGCUCUAGUCUUGUGUGUGAGUAUCUGCUGCUUCUGUUCCUCCUGUACCACUGUCACUUCACUCUACUGCACAUGUCUCCUGCAGAAAGAGCCUCUGUCCUGUCUGUAUCAUGUCAGUCGAUCGCACCAUUACUUCUGCACCACUGAACAAUUUAACAUUUAAACAAAACAACUUAGAGAGAGGACUGAACACAAAUGCCCCCAAAAAGAAAAUCCUAUUUUGCAGAUUACAAGCUGCAAGUAGUGAAAUCUGCAGCCACAAACAGUAAUCGAGCAGCAAAAAGAAAGAUUAGAGUGAUCGAGAAACCGGGAGGGUGCGCCAUGCAACUUUCCUGAAGUCACUGGAUGGAUGGACAAAGCCUGGACUUCAGUGACACCGAAACCAUCCUGUCGGGAUUCAGAAAGGCCCGAAUAAUUCUAACUGGAACUGAUGCUGAAUCUGACUAUAGCUACACAGAAGAGUUUACCUUCAGACGUUGCCGAGUUGUUCAGAAGUGACACCGAGGAUGAAGAAUUGAAUGGAUUUAGUGAUUUGGAGUGAGAUGGAGAGUUUGGUAAACUUGUUCUGUUCUGUUGUUUAUGCUAUAGUUAUGUGAAGAACUGUUCAUAUGUGACGUUAACAUCCUGAUGUUCUCUCUUCUAUUGUUAUUACUAGAACUCUGAAAAAAGUGUGACUUGUAUGUGGUUUUUUCCUCUUCAUUGCACAUUUUUUGGCUGGGGCGACUUAUACUCUGGAGCGACUUAUAGUCCAAAAAAUACGGUCACAUUCUGAGUCCCUAAAAUCGUGGGACCCAGAACAACAGACCCCUUUGUCCCCCCCGUGUCUACUGCCCUGUGAAGAAGACAAAAUAAAAGUUUAGAAUUAUACAAGAAGCUUUAUACAAGAGAUCAAAAGGAGAAAAAGUGCAAAGAUGAAAUCGUGAUUGACAUGAUGUAGGGUUAUCUUUUACAUCAGAGUGAGUUUGAGUUGUUGUACAGUUGUAGGGAGCAUUAUCUUUUACAUAAGGGCGAGUUGUACAGUUGUAUGGCAUAUGGAAUGAAUGUAAUCAUGUAUUGAAACACCUUUAUAGCAUUGUGUUUGCUCUGUUAAAACAUAUUUAUUUGACAUUAAGAAUUACUGUAAUAUGUUGAUGUGAGAAAAUGUGUAACCAAAUAGUUUAUUUAUUUUCUAAUGUGGACAGAAAAGGUCAAACUGAUCAGUGAAUGAUGUCUCUGCCUCAUAAACUGGGCAUCACUGACUUUUAUGAACUGCUCAUUCUCAAUACAAUCAAACUCUGUACAAAGGAACUCAGUGGUGGAUGAAGUACUCAAUUUUGUUUCCUAAAGCUGCACUGUGUAACUUUACAGGUUUGGUGUUACCAUGGAAAUGCUAUUGCUUUGCCGGCAACGUUCCACAAUAUGAUAUUAAACUUAUAUAAGAUGCAUUUAUUCAGUUAUUAUCAGUUUUUAUUGGUCAAAAAUACCUUUAAAAACAUGGAGUCUGGUGGUGUCUCCUGCUUGUCUCUAUGGAGAUUGAUUAGUUUAAUGCCAUACUUUGGAACAUUUCACGAAAAGCAAUAACAGCUCUAUGGAGACAAGGAACUGGCAGGUCUUAUACCGGAAAGAUUUCACAGUCAAAGCAUCAUUAAUUCAAAGUACAGAUACAGGGGCAAAAAGUUACACAAGUAAAAGUAAAAGUAUCACAUGAGAAAAUCUAGUUAAGUUUGCAGCGUUUUUUAGAACAAUUUAAAGACGAAAUGUAGUGAUUUUGAUCAAGAAUUUGGCUGAUUUUAAGUGAUUCAGUUGAUUUCUUGAUUUUUUUUUAGCUGUUUUUGUGUGUUUGGUUUGCUCAAAGCUUGGACAGAAACUCAAAUUAAAUAUGCUAAAAAGCAUGUCUAAAAUCAUGAAGAAAAGUACUUUUUACAUUUCAGUCCAGAUUUAAAAUGUAGUGGAGUAGAAAGUACAGAUACCUGCUCUCAAAUUAGUGAAGUAAAAGUAAAAAGUAUCCACUGUAGAAUGUAAAAGUAGUAGAAAGUAAAGUACAGAUGCCUUAAAAUUGUACUUAAGUAUUGCAGUUUUACUUUUACUUUUGGACUUUAGUACCUUCCAGCACUGAGUCAGUUUGUGAUUGACACUGAUUUGUCUUUCUCAUUUUGUUAUUACAUCACAGUGGGCCUUUCACGAUAAUUAUUAUUAUUAGGGAUGGGACAAGAUCUCGUGAGACAAAACUGCCACAGAAUCGUGCACACAAGAGAGAAAUGAUCUCGUAGGAUUUUUUUCCCAAGUGUUCACAUUUGGAUUGGUUGAAAAAGAGUCACGUGUUGGAGAGUCAGUUCCAAAAAACAGAACUAGAAUCGAAACAAAAAUAUGAAAUCAAAUAAAUACAAAAUUAUGAGGCCAAACUUGAAAACUUCAUCAUGAAAUGUAUAUAUUUGGAAUUAUGUGAAAUCUCGUCUCGUUUUGUGGAAAUUGUGUCUCGUCGCAUCCCUAAUAAUUUAAUAUAUCAAGUUAUCGACUAUAUAUGAUGGAUUGAACAAUAUUUUUUAGGUAAAUAUACAAAUUUUAAUUGCACUACUGUAAAUGUUGAGUUAUUUUUUUGUCUUUACGAAAAGAUUUGAGCUGUAAAAGUUUGAAUUAAUCACUUCACGGACUCAUUACAGAUGCAAACUGUGCUAUGACUAAACUGUUUCAUUCUGCUGUUUAUUUAUUACUGCUUUUAUAUAAUAGUUUUGUGGUUUAAAUUGUGAUUAUUGUGCUAGUGGCAUAAAAUAAUAUUUUUGUUAAUUGUCUAUAUUUACUUCAGCAAUUUAUCGCAUUUCAAAAUUUGUUAUCAUGACAGGCCGUGAUCGUCGACUCUUCAGGUUUUACAGAGGGGAACGCUGUUGUAACUUUUCAGUCUAAAAAAAUAAAUAGAUGAUUGACACCACAGAUUUAAGUUUACAGAUUUUCUGGAGUAGGCUGAUCAGGGUAUCGUUCGUUCAUUUGUUUUUCACAAUAAAACCAAAAAAAUGAAAAAAAAAACAAAACAAACUAUUUUCUUCAUUAGUUGUCUUCAAAACUAAAAUGAAAAAACAGAUAAUGUUUUUUUUUUUCUUUUUUUCAGUUUUCGAUUUUGUGUUUAAAUGAAGAAUGCCGGACUAAACUGAUCUCAGUCCCGGUCUCAGUCCCGGUCUAGUCCCGGUCUCAGUCCUGAUCCUGUUCGAGGUCCCAGUCUCUGUCUCAGUCCCGGCCUGGUCCCAGUCUCAGUCCUGAUCCUGUUUCCAUUCUCAGUCCUGGUCUCAGUCCUGGUCUCAAUUCUGGUCUCAGUUCUGGUCUGGUCCUGGUCUGGUCCCAGUCUCAGUCCCACUCUCCUGGUCUUAGUCCUGGUCUCAGUCCUGGUUCAGUCCUGGUUCAGUCCUGGUUCAGUCCUGGUUCAGUCCUGGUUCAGUCCUGGUUCAGUCCGUCAUCUUAGUUUAAGUCAUGUAAAUGGGAAAUGGCCGUUAUCUGUUUUUUCCAUUAUUGAUUUAAAACACAAAAUCGAAAACUGAAAAAACUAAUUUUGGUUUUGGAGACAAAUAAUAAAGAAAAUAGUUGUUUUUCAUUUUCUUAUUUUUGGUUUUAUUUUGAAAAACAAAUGAACAAAUGACAUACGGAUGGCUGUUGAUACUUUGCAGCGUCAUCAAGCUGGGGGUGACGCAAAAAUACAAAAUACAAAAUGGAUUUAAAUAAUUUAUUUUCAGGAGACUGUGAUCAAUACAGGUGGGAAAGUUACUACAUGAAAAACUGUUGGCUAAUGCUUUUCAAAAUCAAAAACUGGGAUAAUUGGUAAUAAUAAAAUUGUGAAAGAAAAUUGUUGCACUCGACUCUUUCACGACUAACAUGUGAGUCUGUAUUGUCACUUUUUCUUUAUGUUUUGGUCAUUUUGGUCAUUUUGAGCAGCUUUUCUGUAUUUUACUUAAACAAAAUACAAUUUAUGCAUCUCUUUUAUGUUGCCAGGGAUCAAAUUGUUCAAAAAUAGGAACACCAGGGACAUUUCUUGUAUAAAACUGGGAUAAAUAUAAUGGUUUUGGAUAAAUUUGCUGGGACAAGGGGACACAGAGAGAGACACUAGACUUGUUUAACAGCACAUCUGGUCAGAUUAAAGUCUAAUUUGUGUAACAGAUCUUCAGACAGAGCACUGCCUACAGUUCACACCCCCAGGUAAUACUGAUGACCUCCACUGUAAAGUAUCAGUCACAUCUCACAUCGAGUAUCACAUCUCACUGUAUGACGUAAACACUUCAAUUAACUGUAAAUUGUGUGUAAGUCUCUGUGAGUGUGUGUUUGUGUCUGUGUGAGGAGGGGAGGGUGGAUUCUUAAUUUCCCUGAUGGCCUGUGUUUUUCCAGUCAUAAAUUAUACACUGAGUUUCGUGUGGCUCGGAGCUGAAUCCACAGAGUCUGUUUCAAAACUGCAGACAAAACGAAACGGCUUUAAUUAAAGGAAUUAACUGUAACAUGCUCUGUGUAAAAGUCCAGCGUCACCAUGGAGACAGUAUUGAAUUAUCUAUACCGUAUCUGUCUUAUAAUUAUUCUAACUGAGCUUGAGGUCACGUCCCCACACAGAUCUGACCUGUAACUUGCCCUGGUGGCUUCACUUCUUCAGCCCAUGAAGAUCUGGAGCACAGGUGUCAAACAUAAGCCCUCCAAAACCUUUAAUCUGGCCCUCAGCUGAUUUUUUAUUCAAAUAUUUUAAUUAUAUUUUCUAUUAAAAUAUUAGUAAUUUUCUGCGGUGCUGAGCAUAUCAGCGUCUCCAGUGUCUCUGUACGUGGCCCCUCCCACCAGAGCAGCACAAAUGAAGACUUGUCUCUUUCCAAACGCUCUUAAAGGACGAUCGUUUUGACGGUUGACCGUGACACCCU